AUGGCAACGUUUGGGAUUCUCACCAACAUAAUCAACAUCCGGACCUUUACUUUAAUGGGCCUCAAGGACGCCAUGACAGUCUCGUUUAUUUUACUAUCCAUCUCAGAUUUUACUUUAUCAGUUGUGUCCCUUGGUAUGGGGAUUGGUGGCAUCUUAUAUGUCGACGAGUACAUGUUCCGUGAGUGGUUUCAGUUCGAGCCUUACAUUCUUGGACUUUUCAGCACCAAUUUGUUCAUUCCCGUGUCAGCUGUGGUGGCGCUGAACACGAGUUUCAUCUCCGUAGCCAGGUGUAUGUGCGUGUCGUUACCGCUUUACUUCAAGCACGUAUUCAAGAGAAGAACCUCCGUCGUUUUCAUGCUCGUGAGUUUUGUGUUCUGUGCCGUGCUGUACACACCCGUGUUUUCUUACAUGGGCGUCGUGGAUAAACUUGACCCCGUGCAAAUAACAGAUGAUGAUUUGGUAGAAAAGAAGAAAAAGAGGACCUUCCGUAAGUUUACUUACAGAGGGGUGGACCUUGAUCAACUCCUUGAUAUGUCAUUAGAACAGCUGUCGGAUGUGUUCAACUGCAGACAACACCGCCGUCUCAAUCGUGGACUAAAGAGUAAACCACUUGCUCUCAUUAAGAGGUUGAGAAAAGCUAAAACAGAAGCCGGACAUUUGAAAGAGCGAGAGGUUGUUAAAACCCAUCUGCGUGAUAUGAUCAUUGUUCCUGAAGUGAUUGGUUCAAUAUUUGGUGUGUACAACGGAGAAACAUUCAUCCAAGUUGAAAUUAAGCCUGCAAUGGUUGGACAUUACUUGGGCGAGUUUUCCAUUACUUACAACCACGUCAAGCACAACAUACCAGGUAUUUUUGCCACACACUCCUCUAGGUUUACUCCACUUAAGUAA